GUUAAAAUGCUUCAUACCCCUAAAAUCUGCAAAACCUAAACUAAAAGGUAAUGUAAGUUAAUAAACCAAAAUAAAGGCAAAAAGCAUUGAAAAAAGUGUCAUAAUUGAAAAAAUUGAAAAAAAAAAAAUACAAACAUCAUCACUCACAUCACAUCAUCAAAUUUGACUAAAUAAACAUACAAUACAUAUUGAUUUAUUAAAUUGAAAUAAAUUCAAUGUUGAGGCACCUGCUGGAGGUCCAAUUUCAUAGAGUUAAUUUAUGAAGUCAUAUAUAAUGAAGGUGUUACUGUUUUACACAGUGAAUGUAAUGCCAACCAAGGUCCAUGUCUGAAAUGUUGAAUUUUACAAAUUAUAUAAAUAAUUCACUUUAAUGAGAGUUUGCAGGAAUUCAACACUUUAUUUAGCAUGAAUACAUAAACUAAAACUCUUAGCUGUCAGUGUUGUUACCUUCAGGAGGGGCCCUUCAGCAUACAAGGCCAUGUAAAUCUUUUCGGCCAGGACUCUUAGCUAUGAAAUUCCUUGAGGUCCUUGAGGAUAAAACAGAUAAGUGUGUGUUAAAAUAGAUGCAAAGAAAAACAGAGGCACAUUUUCAAGAGGUCAAAUAAUAUCUGUGUGUCUUUGCUUUCAACUGAUGCAAAAAUAUUUUUUAUUUAUUUUUUUUGUUAAUCAAGAGAGACAGAUUUGGGCAUGCCAUUGCUUUUAAAGCAGAGAAGAGAAUCUAACACAUCUGUUAUUGUCAUGAACAAUAUUCAUUAUAUCUGAAACAAAGCUGCACAUCUCCCUGAAGAAUCAGCCACCUGCCCAGUGACAUAUUCUCUGCACCGUCUAAGAUUAAAAUAAAACUCGAUCUGAAAUCAAAAAAGGCAACACAAAAUGCAGAAGUGAGAGAGAGCUGUGACAAAGCCAUCAGACCUCAAACUCCACAUUCACAUCUACUGCAGCAUCUCGCUUCCAGGUGGCAGUUCUUCUCAGGGAGGUUGGUUUUCGGCUGUUCUGUUUGGCUGACGAGACAGCUCAGGGUCGGCUCGAGCGUAGAGGAGAGAGAAUAUAAUGUGUCAGGAUUUUGUUACCAGGAAGUGGGGCGAGUUAUUUAUAUUUCAACACUUGUCCUCUAGUACCCAGGAGAGAACCAGUGGUAGUAACCUGAAACUAUAUAUUCAAACAUUGUCUAGUUCUGGAUGCAUCGAGCUGAUACUGAACAACUGGCAUUAUGCUUAGGAGCGCUGACGACCAGGAGAGAAUAUCUGUAAAGUAAAUAAUGUAAAGGUUGUGUGGGAGGGUAAAGUGACCCUGUGAGGGACUCAAGAGGUGUUGGGAUGAAGCUCCACAAGAAGAUCUUGACCCAUUACCUCUCAUGCACCUCUCCAGUAGACAAAGAGGGAUAUCUCUACAAAAAGAAAGAGAGAAAUGCCACCUACCAGCGGCGGUGGUUUGUCCUGAAAGCAAACCUGCUUUUCUACCAGGAGCGCCCGGGUGACCGACACCUGCUGGGCGUCAUCGUGUUGGAGGGGUGUGCAGUUCGGCGCCCGGAGUCUGACGGACAGUUUGCCUUCUCCCUGGUGUUUGAAGGGCCCGGACUCAAAACCUACAGAUUUGCAGCAGGGGAUAGUCACACUCAAGAGAGCUGGGUGAAAGCUUUGCUCUCAGCCAGCCACUGUUACCUCUCCCUGCUGGUGAGAGACCUGGGGAAGCAGUACGAAGAAGCUAAACAGCAGCAAGGCUCUGGUGAAUCCUGCCACAGCUCCUCUGUCAGCGCCCUCAAGUCCCCAACCAGCUUUUUCCUCCCCGUGCAGGGGCCAACAACAGAGGUCAGGGAGGGGAGAAGCCUCAGUGCCAGCACCGUGUUGCAAGCCCCCACUAAAGUGGUGGCCAGGAAGUCCCCUAAACUCUGGCACAGGAGAAAUGCUCACGUCACACCACUCAAUGGACCAGCACCUUUGUACGGCGAAUGGCCUCUGGUGGGUUUCGAUCCACUCGAGGAGUUUAGUAAACUUCAUGAUUAUUAUGGGCAGGAAGUGAAGAAAGCGAGAGAUGAAUGGCUGAGGAGUCGCCAGGCACAAGAAGAGCGUAGUGAUGGUGAUCUCAUCGACCUGGGUUGAAAAAAAAAACCCUGACAGUUGAGAGACAUUCAGAGAGGAAGUGAGACAGAUCUGUUCAUGCGUGUUAAGAAGGAACUGAACCUGAAGUGUUGUGAGUUCUACUUUAUUUAAUGAACUCAGAGUUUGAGGCCCAGACACCUGUAAAUGUGCUAGAUGUCACAUGAUGAGUUUAGAUCAAUUCUAUGUUAGAUUUGUUUUACAGAAAGUUGUAAUUUCCCUGAUUUGCUAUAUGAAAUAUGAAAAUCAGUCAAUACUUCAUACUCUGGUGAAGAUUAUUAGUUUACAGAACAAAAUAAAAUGUCUCCAUACAGCCUCUGAAAGCCGGGAGAUCGACAACUGAUUUGAAAAGACAUUAUUUGCACCCUUUUUUAAGCCAAAAUCUUCAAAUUCACUUUAAAUUCUAAACUGAAAACAUAAGCACACACCCUGUCUGGAACUGGUGCACAAGCUUGAUGGAGCCAUUUUCUGUUUCUAUUUUGGGGCGUUUUUUUUUAAAUAUUUAGUUUUAAAACGAGUCCUCAUCUACUUCAGCUGUUUUGGAGGAUAGAAUCAGCACAAACGUUUUAUGGACAAGAAACUUCUCCUGAUGUUCCAUCAGCAGGAGGGCAAGUAAAUAAUGAACUGAAUUUUUAUUUGAGGGUGAACUUCUCCUUUAAAGUAUCCAUGAGAUUCAACAGAGAACAAGCAACAAUCCAGACACAAAGUGCAGAUGCUUUUGGUGCCGGCACGUCUGUCAUCCGGACAUGAAACGAUGUGACGAUCGGCCUUUUUCACAGCAUGUUGCUUAAUGUUAAUGAUAUUAACAAUGCCUCAGUUCUACUGAAGUGUAAGCAGCUGUGACUGUGUAACAGUGAGGCAGCAUCUACAAUAAUGAGACCCUGAAACUGAAACAGCUAUAUGGAAUCUUUUUGUCAUUCAAACCUGCGCUUUUCCAACUGUAAUAUGUAAAGAUGUUUUCCAUGAAAAAUGCCUUUAAUCGUUCUCGUGUACCCCCUGCUGAGUGAAGCUGCACACUGCUGAUUGCACAAUAGCUCCCUGAGCAGUUUAGUAUUCACAUAUGGUGCAAUAUAAAACAAUUUAACCUAUGCCUUUAAAAGCAAAGAGUAUUAUAUGGUUUGCAUUGCCUGAGAAAUUAAAGUUGAUCCGCCUCAAUAAAUCAGCUGUCAUUAAUCCA